UACCUAGCAACUAGUCAUCUACAAUCGCUGUAGCUUAGAUCCCUCCCAUCUGAUCUUUGACAAACUCCAAGGCUUCUGGUCAUGUUGUAAACACGUUGGCUUUGUCUUUUUACUCAAAACUCUACGAUGUUAGUUGACACAGCUGGUUCGCUCAAUGCAAAGCGACAUGACUCAAGUAGAUCAGUAGGCCUACUCCCAACUCUAGGCUGUUGUGCAGAUGUUUCUGCUGUGAUCUGAGAAAUCUGAGUAAAAUUGCUAAAACAUGUAAAAUGUUUCUUUGGCCUCAUCCCAUGAAGUGAUUUAGCUUUAAAGUCAAUCCUGUAAUUUAAUAGGAACCAGGGAUUUCAGUACUGGGGUAUUAAAGAGAAAAUAGGUAGCCUACUGUACAUAAAUUAGUCCAUCUGAACUUACACACAUUGGCCCCAAUGUAAACUUAAAUCAGCAUUUUUUUCCCUAAAUAAUGAAUUAUAGAUGUAUACUAUAAAUUACAUAAAUAUAAGAUGGAACUACCCUCCCUGUCACACACACAUACACACUAUCAUUGUGAAUCCUUAACAUAACCUCACUCUCCCCACCCCUCACAGACGGGCCCGUCUUAUGGAUGUAAAUUUAUGACUGGAUAUCUGUCAACUCUGGGCAUCAAGGCAGGCGAAGGACGUGUCGGGAGGAUACUAAGGGAGGUGCAUCAGCCAUAUAAUAUCUUGCGUCGUCAGGGAGCACGCAAUCUAAACCCUAUUCCAUAUCAUGCGGAAUACAUGGGACAUAAGCUUCACAUGGACCAAAACGAGAAGCUGGGGAUGUUUGGUGUCACACAUGUUUUGGCUGUUGAUGGCUUCAGCAGCAAAAUUGUAGCCAAUGUUACAAUGCCAGUGAAGAACAACCUGGUCAUUUACAAUGAAGUGUACAGAGCAGCUGUUGCCAGCAAUGGUAUGUGGGACCAAAUCAGAGUGGACCACGGAAGGGAAUUCUUCUUGUCUCUUUACGUUCAAGAGAAACUGUCCCAGCACCGAUUCAACACCAAUAGGGUACCAUACAAACAAACAACAUCAUCAAAGAAUCUCCGUGUGGAACGAAUUUGGCCCAAAGUGAACACCAGGGUGAACUAUCCAUUAAAAAGAGCCCUGGUCGACCUAGUUGAUACGGACAGUCUUGACAUGCAGGACAACAACACCAAAUACUGUGUCUCCAACCUCACGUGUCAAGUGAGCCAAAUUGGACUUGAGAGAGCAGUGCAGUCCUGGAAUGCCCACAGAAUACCAGGCAGAGGAAUACCAAACAUGCUUGCAGCUGGUGGUUGUCCACAAAGGAUAUCCAUGGAGCUCCUCCCCAGUGCUGCAGAGGCUGCAAGAAUGUAUGAGGACGAUUUAGGAGCCUCCCUGAGUUGGGCGUCAGCCUUUGGGACGGACCCCUUUUCCUCAGAAGAAGACCAACAGCAGGCAGAGCAGGUGUUCUUGCAAGAAUACCCAGACAUAACAGUCCUCUUUGACAGGGCGGUCAACAAUGACCUCAGUCUUUUUCAAGACGCGCUGUUGUGCCUCAUCAAUGCAACAAAUAGGUUUGCAUGAAAUCAAUAAAUGCAUUUUUUUUUCCCUAAGUGGAUCUGUUUCAAUUUCCUUAUGUCUCGCCACAAUUAAUUAAGUACAUAGUACCUGUUCUUUGUCCCAUGUGUGCUUAGUUUCAGCAUCCCUGCUGGUUUGAAUGCAAUACGAUGACAUGUCUUCUUUUAUACUACAUAUACCUAAUAUUUCAUAAUCAUAAUCUCAAUAUUGCGAUUGUUAUCUUACACUUAAUUUUUCACUGAAUCAA